AUGCAGUCCUCUUCCCUAGCCUUAUCUCAGUCUCUCUCUUGCUCCGUAAAAUCCGUCUGCUCUAUCUCUCGUUCACCUAUUUCACUCGACUCCUAUCUCCACAUCUGUCCUACUCGAAGCGAUAUUUGCCCUCACCUACGUCUGGGUGAACAAUUCGAGGCUCAAGCCUCUGAGUGUCGUGAUCACCCCUUUGCUACAUGGACCAUGUCUCUGGUACAACCGACCUACCCUCAGCCAACUAGCUCCGGUCCCCGCCGUGUCUAUCCUGUUUCUAUCCCUAAUACCAAGUCUAUGAAUUGCUAUGCCUUAAUAACUUGUGUGCUAACCCACAAAUAUUGUCGUACUGCUUGUUUUGGUUAG